AUGCUUCAGACACAUGGCGGCCCCCAAGACAACCGCACCGAUAGCAGCUCGCGAGACGAUGAUAGAGGACAUGACAGAGCCAUGCACACUCUGUCGUUGCCCAAGAACCGCAGCACGGGAAACCUGCAUCUAUCGGCUGACCCGCCUGACCGCAGUCGAUACCGAAUGUCUUUUGAGGCUUCGUCGGCCGGCAUCACGGACUACGACCCAAUCACCAGACCAUCUCCUAUUACCGACCACGAGCACGGCUUGGGACUCUCUGGCCUGCGCCGCAUACGACAGCAGCACCCCCCUUCUCGAGCGCCGACCCUGCCCAGCUCAAAUGCCUCUUCACGCAGCCCUUCGGUCGUCACGCUUACCCGGUCUACCUCCAUGACCGCCAUGUUGAGCAGCUACAGUACUACGGCGUUUGCGGGACCGCCCACGUCCCCCAGCUUCUCCGAAGACUUGUCACGAUUUCCCUCCGAGUCCUUGCACUCCUUCUCCUUCGCGCAUCAGUCGGAAGACUUUCUACACAACCGCCAGAAUGUCCUGAAACGUUCCUUGGAGUUUAUGAAGGACCGCAUGGGUCUGUCCAUGACCUCGACGCAAGCCGGCCUCGCUAGCGCCCAGGCCAGAGUUUCGGGCGACGUCGAUGCGCAGCAUAUGCUGGAACUACUCGCGCGAGCCCAAGUCAUAGGCGCUGGAAACCUGCCAAAUCCCAAUCCUUCAGCCAUCGCUGCGCCGCCACUGACUGGCCCGGCCGACCUGCCUGCUGAGAAUGUGUUUGAGAAGCAGUUUAGCCCGAGGGCGUCGAUAUCGGAAUCGAUAGCAUCUGAUCUCGCACAUGCGAGUUUACAAAGAACGUCUGCGACAAGGCCUACGAGCUUGAAACGAACAAUGACUGAUACUCUAGGCAUGGCUUUGCAGGAUAAGUUGAUGGAUACAAUGUCUCAACCUUUUCUUCCCGGCGAGCCGCUUUAUGAAGAGCCUCUUUCUUCCCCGGUAUCAACCCAGCCGGCCAUGCCACUCAAAAUGAGCUUCCCUACCGCCAUCGGCCCCGCAGUGCAUGGCCAUACAAACAGAUGGGUGCCGGCCGCGCAAGCCAUCUUCACAACAGAGGCUAAGCCACCAUGGACCAUCUUGGCGGCCAAUGAUCUGGCUUGUCUGGUUUUUGGAGUUACAAAAGCAGAAGUGCGGAAGAUGGGCAUUCUGGAAGUGGUACAAGAAGAGAGAAGGGCGUGGCUCGAGAAGCGGCUUUUGCAGUUAAGUGAUGCAGAUAUGGAUGAGGACGGCGAGGGGGGCCACAAGGCCACUCCGGCUGCUUCAGCUGCGUCUGCGUUGCUGGGUGGCAGAUCGGGAAUUACUGCCCAGCUCCUCAGCAAGCCCAGCUCGAGGUCACAGCCGUCGCAAUCCCAGAGACGCGCCCAGACAGUUCACAGCGGAGACCCAAACCCUCCAGCUACGCGUACCAGCGGUCACCAUCGCAACAACCUCUCGCGUGGCGUCUUACUGUGCGGUGACGUGGUUCCAAUUCAGAAACGCAAUGGCGCCACUGGAUCGGCGAGCCUUUGGGUCAAGGAGAAACGCGUGGGGCUGAUUUGGGUACUCGAGGAAAUCCACGAGGACGUGGCUAAUAUCGUAUUGGACGAAGAGGGUAUCGUGCAGUCCGUUACGGGAGCAACCGAGCCAAUUUGGGGCCCCAAGUCAAUAAAACCGGGCUUUGAUGUCGCGAAGCUUAUUCCACGUAUCCCACGACAAGGCAUUGACCCGAACGAGGGCGAAAUUGACUUUGCUCAGACCUCUCGAAGACGCUACUUUACGUGCCCAAACUCACACAAGUCGAACGUUCCGUGCGCCAUUGAGCAAGUUCGCGGCAAACUAGAGUUGCGCGUUUCAACUUUCCCUCAUAUGGCGGGUAUUGUUGUGGUGGAACCAGAAACGUUGAGGAUUCGAAGCUCAAACUCUGUCUUCUCUGGCGCACUGUUUGGUUACGAAAAGCCCGAUGGAAUGCCUAUAUAUUCCCUCAUCCCCGACUUUGACAAGAUUCUUGCCACACUUACCGAAGAAGACGGCCUCCAACUCUUGGACGGCAUGGUAGUACCUGAGCACAGAUUCCGCAGAGCAGCAGCCUUUUUCGCAUUGAAAGAACAACGUCCCAACGCUGCCGCAGCAUUUCUUCAACCUGACGGUAUACCAGCAAGACACCGAGACGGCUCAGAAUUGAAAAUCGACGUGCAGAUGCGCGUUGUUGAAAGCGAAAAACACACCGAUAUCAUCGAAGAAAGCAUCGAAGAAAGCGAAUCAGAGACGGCAGAAACAAGCGAUAGAGUGGGCUCUGUGUCACACUCAGAGAUGGUCUUUGCCCUUUGGAUAACCUACUCACGACAUAUCCACACUUCGCCUAUGAAUCUGAAUAUGGAGUCUGCCGACCAUCCAGUGGUGUUGACCCCUCCUCAUCAGCCCUCGCCAGGCCAGACUCCCGCACAUACUCCGAUGGAGAUAUUUUCUGAUUCCGACGACGCCAAAACCGAGACUGCCCAGCAGCCAAUAUUAUCAAUGGCCUCUGCAAUCCCGAAACAGCUCAAGGAUGCCGCCCUUGAUGCCGCCGCCAAGUUGACUGGACACGCCAAGCCAGAGCCACCAAAGGCAGCCGAAAAGCCAGAACCUGCCAAGGCAGAUGAGCCUGACCGCAAAACUACCAUUGACGAUUACACCAUCCUUGAAGACAUGGGCCAGGGAGCCUACGGCCAAGUGAAACUUGCUCGGCACAAGACGACAGGCAAGAAAGUUGUGUUGAAAUAUGUGACUAAGCGUCGUAUUCUCGUCGAUACCUGGACUCGAGACAGGAAGCUCGGAACAGUCCCCUUGGAAAUCCACGUCUUGAACUACCUACGAAAUCCUGAAUUUCGACACCCUAACAUUGUGGAAAUGGAGGGUUUCUUUGAGGAUGAUGUCAACUACUACAUUGAAAUGGCUCCGCAUGGUCUUCCUGGCAUGGACCUAUUCGACUACAUUGAGCUCCGCGCCAACAUGGACGAGGCCGAAUGCCGGAGUAUUUUCGCUCAAGUUGCAAACGCUGUCCACUUCUUGCACACCAAAGCCAUGGUUGUCCAUCGAGACAUCAAGGACGAAAACGUCAUUCUCGAUGGCGAGGGAAAUAUCAAACUCAUCGAUUUCGGUAGUGCGGCAUACAUCAAGAGUGGCCCCUUUGAUGUGUUUGUGGGCACAAUUGACUAUGCUGCUCCCGAAGUCUUAGCCGGAAAACCUUAUGGCGGAAAAGAGCAAGAUGUUUGGGCUCUAGGCAUUCUACUAUACACCAUUGUCUACAAAGAGAACCCCUUCUACAGCAUUGAUGAGAUUAUGGAUCGAGACCUUCGCAUCCCGUUUAUACUCAGCGAGGACAGCAUCGAUUUGAUCCGCUGUAUGUUGAACCGAGAUGUCAGCCAGCGAUACACAAUAGAACAGGUGCUGGAUCACCCAUGGUGCAAGGCACACCAACCCAAAUAGAA